AUGGCCAGCGAGAAAGUCCUCAACUGGUUGUACAGCGUUCUCGUCAAUGAAUACUCUGACGUAAAUCGCACAUAUCACGACGCGGCCGAGGCACUGUCCAACUACCCGUCGCUUUCACCAAAGACGGAACCAUAUACGUACGAGAAUGGCUCCUCAGCGCUUCUCUUGCUUCUCAGCGGCACGCUGCCGGUCACGUUUCGCGGCGCAACAUACGGCUUCCCGGUAGCGAUAUGGGUGCCUCAGUCGUACCCCCGAGAGCCACCCAUUGUAUACGUCACGCCGGCGCAGGACAUGGUGCUAAGACCCGGACAACACGUGAGCACCGAUGGCAGGAUAUACCACCCGUAUCUGGCACAAUGGGCGAAGUACUGGGAUAAAUCUACACUGUUCGACUUCUUCGCCGUACUAAGAGGCGUCUUUGCGAAAGAGCCACCCGUGCGAUCGCGGCAACAACAGCCGCAAUACAAUGCGCCGCAGCAGCAAGCACCCCCUCCAGUACCCCCGCCGCCAGCCGAAUGGCGCCGCUCAGUACACUCUCCUGCCCCAUCGAACCAAGCACCCGCGCCCCCUCCAAAGCCGCCGAAGCCACAUGAACAAAACCGCUCCACGCCCCAGACACCACACGACCGAUACUCGCAACCCCCUCCUCUGCCACCCCACCCUCCACAACAUCCGCCGUCGCAGCAGUCGUAUCAGCAAUCUCAGGGCAGUAGAUACGAUGCGCCGCAGAGGUGGCAACCGCAGCCUUCAGGUCCACCAUACGCGCCCAAUCGACACAGUGGCUAUGGUCAAGGUCCAGCGACUUCAGGCGCAGGUCCUCAACACCCGCAAAUGCACGCACAUGGUUACCCUCCACAAUCAUUACAGAACGGCAGCCCUGUGAGCCCCAUGACACCAAAUGGUCAACGAACGGCUGCCCAGUUCUCGACAUCAGGGCCCCCACAGCCCCCUAACUUCCAGCAAGCACAGCAGUACCAGGGCCCACCACCCCAGCAGCAGUAUGGGCAACCUCCACCACAGCAACAGCAGUAUCGACAGCCGCCACAGGGUUACCCGCCACAGCAACAGGCUCCUUUCCAGCAAUACUCACAUGCACCUCCUCAGCAACCGCCACCAGCUCCGAAGCCCCCAAUCGAUCUUCUCGACGACUCGCUGGAAGUCACAUUACCGUCACAGUCUGGCAACCAAGUUCCAUUACCAGUACCACCUGUUCCACCAAACCCUGAGAAGGACGCCCUUCUUCGGGCCUUGAGCCAAACGCUGGUAUCGCAGAUCCGACAAACAGUAUCCUCCAACAUGGCUGCGAUAGCACCACUUCGCGCGCAACAAGCCGCCUUACAGACUGCAUACUCCCGAUUACAGUCGGAACUGGGCGAACUGCAGCAGCUUGACGCGGCGCUUGCGUCGAACGAACAAGUCUUGAAGGGAGCCAUGGUCGAAGCGGACCGAGUCAUGGAGGAUGCGCGGAGAAGAAAGGCACCAGAUGUGGAUGAUGUCCUAGUAGCGCCGACAAUCGUCGGAGGGCAGCUCUACACUCUUGCUGCGGAAGAGAAGGGCAUUGCAGACGCAUUGUUUGUACUGGGUAGAGCUUUGGACAAGGGGCGCGUCGGUACUGAAGUCUUCGUCAAGCAAACUCGAAGUCUUGCCCGAGAACAAUUCUUGAAGAAAGCACUGAUCAAGAAGAUCGCUAAAGGCAUGGCACUAGAUGAGUACCAGAUGCGUUAA